AUGAACCAAGCUAUAUUUCUUUGCGUUACUUUGCGUUGGUGUGCUUCGAUGAAUGCAGUUUCUCGUGGCUUGUCGUUGUUGACAUCUGUUGAGGCAUCUUCUGAUGUCACAAGAUUUCAACUCGAUACAAACGCCACACAGACCACAAAGAAACUCCACAGACAGAAAAUGAGUUCCGACGUGGUAGAAAUCCCAGUAUUCAAAGAGAGACGAACUCCUGUUAUGCUUGAACCCGUCUUUCUGCCGCUUUUACUGGUCGCCUUCGCACUUAUCAUUGGCUUUUGUGUGAUCUUGCCCGGAAUACGAGGAAGAGAACGCGCUUUUGCCGCCAUACGAGUCCUUCUACUUGGUUCUAUGGGAAUCUGGUUUAUUUUUAGUUUCUUCUGCACGGAAUGGGUUGUCGCCGAAAGUUCGGCAAAAAUCCAAUACUUCCCACUCGACAAUCUCGCUGUUGAGUCCAAGAUCAAAGUGCAGAUGGGUUUCUCGAAUGUGAACAUCACCCUUCGAGCCCUGGAUGAGCUUAGCCACCCCAACCACCACUGGAAUGAGCGAAUCUCCUACUCGAACGUCGAUACAGACUUCGACUCGCUUGUUCGUCAGUAUAAACCUGAACCUCUACUCAAGGUGGCAUCAUACUUUACCUCUCAAAGUACCUCCAUGUCUCAGCAACGAACGCUCAAGCUUCAGCUCUUUUUUCGACUUGCGCUAGCAUUCCAAAUACUUGCACUUCUUCUCUGGGGUUUGAGCUGCGCCGUCCUAAACAAAGCAAUCUCUAUUGGAGCUCAAUUCUUGCUUAUUUCUGGACUUUCCCAGAUAAUCGCAAAUGUUUUCAUUUCUGUGACGCCAAACAUCACUUUCUUCUUGCCAGAAGUUCCAGAGGGCAUCCGAUUCCAGUUCGGCUGGAACUGGUCGCUCAACAUGGGAAUGGCGCUGCUUUCGAUUAUCGUUGCUAUCACAAUCCUUUUCAUGGAUUGCUAUGCAACUUCUGUUAUCCGUGAGAUCCUUGCGUAUGCACCGUACGACGACGAAGAAUGUUAUGAGUGCGAACAGAAUGGCGAACGAUGCAUUAAAUGCAAAAACGAAAUUCUGGCGAAGGACUUACCUAACAAAGCGAAAUACGAAACGGAGACAUCUAAGGCGGUCCUCCAGAUCGUCAACGCGCGUAAACUCUACCCAAAGGCACUUACAAUGCGAUAUGAGAAUGAGGAAAAAUUUGCCAAAAAGCAGCUUCGCAAGAAAGCCGUCGAAGCUAACCGAGAAUCACGAAAGAAAGCCGAACGACGCGGUUCAGCAGUCUCUAUUUCCGCCGAUGUUGACCAAACCUUGUCUUAUGGCGAUUGGAAAAUCUUGGAACCCGGAAACUUUGGUAGCCAGCCCCAUUUUACAUCAGACGGCUCUCUCUCUUGUCGGUCUUUGCCGACGCUGAGUGAGGGCUCAGUUGUGGAUAAUGCAAACUACCGUACGCAGUCGACUAUUUCGACGGAUACAGCUUCUGAAAUUGACCUGGACCAGAUGGUCUAA